CAUAAUCGAAAUGUUUACUAUUGUGGCAACGCUAAAUUAAAAGUGACAGAUAGUUUUUGACAUACAGUAUGAAACGAGUUAGUUAUAGUUAAGCAUUGUACGAGAAGAGUAAGAAAUUGAAACGUGUUAAAAAUAAAGGAAAAACUAUUGCUUAAAAUAUCAGAAGUGGGAUUAUUCAACAUUAAUAAAAUGUCUGACAUCAAAAAACUUCAGCUUUAUACUUUAGUUGAAUUAAAAGCUUGGUUGGAGGAGCUUGGAUGUAAAACAAGUGGUAAUAAAAACGAAUUAAUUCGCCGAUUAAUUCAAAUACCUGAGGAACGCCGUGGUGUUUUUCUAGGAAAAACGACAAAAAUAUUAAAUGAUCUGACGCUUACGGAACAUGUUGGCGCCGACGCCGAUGCAUGCGCAAGCAACAACAAUAGUAACUCUGAAGAAGAUGACAAUCAUAUUCUUGAGGAACAACAAAUUAUACAAACACAUAAAAAGAAGAAUCAAAUGAGUGAAAUUGUAAGUCAGAAACAAAUGAUAACAGAACAAAUGACAGCGAAUAUGAGUCGAAUGAGUGUUAUGAACACAAAUAUUGAGCGAGAAGAAAAUAAUAACAGUGUCUCUGCUGCACAAGUCAAUUCGUUAAAGGAGAACGAAAAUGAACUCUUGAAAUGGGAGCUCAAACUGUUAAAACGAGAGCUAAACAUAGAAAGACGAGAAAAAGAAAUUUUAAUGAGAGAAAAUAAAACAUUAAAAAAAGAAAGCCAACAGAACGAAAAAAAAGAUUACGCGUUAAAUAAUAAAGUUAAUUUUUCAACUAUAAAAGAAUUGCUGUCCGAAUUUUCUGGAACUGGUGAUAAUUUUCAGCUUUGGGAAGCACAAUUACAAAGUAUCCGAACGGCUUAUAAUCUGGAUGAUAAUAAUACUAGAGCACUGAUUUCUAACAAACUCAAUGGAAAGGCGUUAAAGUGGCUACAUACAAGAAACGAUUUAAUGACUGUACCAAUUGAAACCCUAAUAAACGAUAUGGGGAAACUGUUUGAAGACCGCUCAACUAAACUGCAGCUGAAACGUACAUUUGAAGCCAGAAGGUGGCAAACAAAUGAGACUUUUGAAGAAUAUUUUUACGAUAAGACCAUUCUCGCGGGUAAGUUGUGCAUUGAAGAAACUGAGCUGCUGGAGUACAUUGUGGAGGGGAUUCCAGACUAUGGUUUAUGUUCACAAGCUAAAUUACAAUGUUUCCGUGACAAGUACCAACUAUUGGAAGCGUUCCACAAAAUAAGUCUUCCAAAACCAGCAACACCAAAACAAUCAUUGACUGUUCGCCAGAACACUUCGAAUGAAAAAUCAACAUCAGCCGAUUUUGUGGUUUCUGCAUCGACUCGUUGCUAUAAUUGCAACUCUCUUGGGCAUGUUGCAGCUGAAUGCCGCAAACCAAAGCGGGAGCCGAGGGCGUGUUACGUUUGUGCGCAAAUGGGACAUCGAGCAGCUGACUGCUCAAUGAGGAAAACGCAAGUUCAUUAUGCCGACGCUGUUGAGGGUGAUAACGAAUACAAUCAUUAAUUGACACUGGUAGUCCAAUCAGUUUUAUACGCCAACAGUUCGUGCCACUUGUUAAGUUAAUAAAUCAAGAAAAAUGUAAAA